AGAUAAAGCAUUAACUUCUGUUGCAGUUUGAUAUUGCAUGCAUUACAGAGCAUCAUGUUCAGUUUAAAGAACUCGAGUCUAUCAUUUUGUUGGUGCCGUUCUAUCCUGCUCGCUCUUUAAGCGUUUCUCAUUUUAGCAUGUUUUCCUCUCAAUCAAAGUGCAUGACAACCAGAUACAUGUGUAACUAUUGAAAGCAAAACUGCAGGCAUCUAUAAUGUUUAUUGUACACUCACAUUAUUAUAAAAAAAGACAACUUAGACAAUGAUAAGAAUGCAGUUUUUCCACAUGCACUUUCUAAUUUUCUUAAAGUGUUUACUUGUAAUAAGUCUAAAUAUAAUAGGCUACCAGUAGAUAAAUUUCACAGAACUUUAAUGAUCUUGGUUUCUUGUUGACCAAAUUGUUACUUGUUACACAUGUAGCUGUCUACAUAUGUUUGUUUAUUCUCAUGUUUUGUUUCUCAUCCAGAUUUACAGUAAGGAGAGAGAGAGAGAGAGAGAGAGAGAGAGAGAUUUUCCUUUCAUGCCAAUGUUCUUUUGAUGUGAGCUGUAUGCUUUGUGACAUCUGAAUAUUCAACAGACUUGUCUGACUCAAAUAGAAGCCAGUAGACUUUGAAUUCUUCAUUCAUCCCUGCUAUAGGAAUUGACUGGUAGUUGUUCUAUAGUUGAUUAUGAAAGAAAAGCUAAUUGUUGAAGUGUGAACUGCAAUUUUUUUUUUCUUCAAAAUACCACACAUAUUAUACAUCUCAAAACAAACACCAGUUUUGAUUUUUAUGAUGGUAGUGACAGUUAUUAGUAUACAUUUUGUCAAAUUUAAAUUUUUAAUCAAGUCAGCUAAUAGAAACUUACAACAGAAAUUGAAUUUAUACAUAUUUAUAGAGUGACUCUAUAGAUUUUGACACAAAUGAAAUUCUGUAUUAAAAUAUCUACAAACCUAGUGUUGACCAUUUCAUUUCCUUGAUGAUAAAAAGCAUUGGUUUGUUUCUCCUAUGAUAGUAUUCCAAAAAUACACAUAAAAUUAUCAAUAUAUUAUCAUAUAAGAUGUAACAUUACUAUACAUGUAAAUAGUUAUGUACCUUGCCAUGGCCUGUGGCUACAGAGUUUAUACAGUCUUCCCCUGUAGUCUCCUUCAGGUCUGUGUAGACUAUGUUGAUGUAAGUAUGAUGUUAUGUCAGUCAGGUGAGAGGAGUCUCAGCCGAAGGUAGUUUUACCUGUUCUUAUAAGUGUAAUGACAGGUUAGAGAGAGGUUGUUUUCACCAGGAAGGUUUUAGCAAUCAGAGGGAAACAGCUGGGCCAGAGUUAAUGUGACAAGGAAUUCCCGUGGCCAAAACAUUUGUUACCUAUCCACCUUUGGUUUCAAUCCCAUUGACAACCUGACCAAGAGAGCCUAUUUACCUGUCAUUUAUCAGCUUUUUCUUUGCUUAUCUCUGACUGUGGCUUUUAUAUACUUCUGUGAAAUCAGGAAUUUUUAGACAAUUAUAUGCUGACUCUUAGUUACACAAAAUCUGUGGAAGUCUGCAAUCCCACUUUAGUCAGUUAUUGCUAUUGAGCCUGAAAUUGAAGAACUGUUGAUUUGUUAUGAGGCGAGCAAGCUCUUACUCUGUGGCCGACUCGAAGAAUGACUCAGAGAACAGUGAGAUACCUUCUGACUCAACCCUGAAGAGAUAUAGACGGUUACGUGUCUCAGGAAAACAAAGCUCAGAUCACUCGAGAGAUCGAGAGGCAAUAGAAGAACAUGAGAGAGAUGACACUGCAGCUGAGAUGGUGACUGAUUUUUCUUCACAGAAAAGUGCUCGCCAAGACAAAGGAAACACCAAAAAGACAGCCCUGUUUUCGCGUCGAUUCUCGGAGCCCGGGAAGGUGGUGAUGUCAACCGGACAGCUCUUCCGUCGGUCUCAGAGUCAGGUGGAUCAAACAAUGCUCAACAAGCAGAUGCUACAGAAAGAAGGUGGUACAGAGGUCGUAGUAGUCUAAUGUAAUCUCCUACCUGAACAUGUUUGUAUAAAGUACUACAGUAAAGUUACUGAGGUCACAGUAGUCUAAUGUAAUCUCCUACCUGAACAUGAUUGUAUAAAGUACUACAGUAUAGUUACUGAGGUCACAGUAGUCUAAUGUAAUCUCCUACCUGAACAUGAUUGUAUAAAGUACGACAGUAUAGUUACUGCCUGCUUAGCUGUAUAGUCUGUGCUGUACAGUAGUACACAUGCUCAUACAUCUGAUGUUAAACCCUUUUUUAAUGCUAAGAUGUAUUCAAAGCUAUGGUUCUUUUAUUCAACAUUUACUCUAAAGAAUUGACAUGCAGUCAGAUGCUUCAGUUUGCCUCCUAUUUUGAUCUCACUAUCUACUUUUGUGUUAGAGGAAGUUGUUGCACUAAUUACAAACACACGAGUUAACUUGAUUGGUUUACUAAUAGGAUGAUUAAAGUGAAGGUAAUUAAUUGGUAUAUUAGAUUUGCCUGUAAAAGGUACUAAGUAUUGGUUUGAAAUAACAGCUUUUGAAGCCUGGAGAGCAGUUGCUUUCAAUUGCAAUGUUACCAGACAACAGGCUAUUGUACUAAUUAAUUCCUCUAAGGAGAGCAUGUAUUUAAAUGACACAGUCUGUCAGACAGUUUAGUAUGAUUGUGUGUAUUGAUUAUGUGGAGAACCUGUAAAAUGAUGUGGACUGAGAGCCCACGGAUACUGUGUGUGUAACAGGUGAACAUUGUAAGACAGUGGUGUAUUACAUUGACUGAAACAGAUGUAAGGACGAUUCAGUAACAAUGAACCGUAGUUAUGUAGAACCCAAAGGUACUCAAGCAAAAGUUUAUUUUACAGAAUCUCUUAUUAUUAGCUGUAUCUGAUGUCAUCUUGUAACU